AUGGCGGCGGCUAGCGCGCUGUUCGCGGGGCUGUCCGGGGCGCCGUCCACCCUUGUUCUUGCCCGGGCGCUGAGCUCCGCGGCCGCGGGCCGGCGCGGGGAGGGCGGCGGGCGCGCGCUGGCGGCCGCGGGGAGCGCUGGGCGGGUCGGGCUGGCGCUGGGCUGUGGCGGCGGCAGACCGCGCGUGGCGGCGUCCCGGGAGGACGAGGAGGACAAGGAGCUGCGGCAGCGGUUCAUCGCGCCGCCCGUGAGCGGUGCUGCAGAGCUGCGGCGGCGGCGGCGGGAGCUGCAGCGCAUGGAGCUGCUCAUCAUGGAGACGCAGGCGGAGGUUGGCCGCGCCCUGGCCGCGCUGGACCCCGGCGCCUCCUUCUCCGUCGACACCUGGGAGAGGAAGGAAGGCGGAGGCGGCAUCAGCUGCGUACUGCAGGACGGCGAGGUCUUCGAGAAGGCGGGCGUGAAUGUGUCCGUCGUGUCCGGGCUCCUGUCCGAGGAGGCAGCGCGGCAGAUGCGGAGCAGGGGGAAGUCUCUGAAGGCCAAGGACGGGAAGCUGCCUUUUUGCGCCAUGGGUGUGAGCUCCGUUAUCCAUCCAAAGAACCCUCAUGUUCCAACCAUGCACUUCAACUACAGAUACUUUGAAAUUGAAGAAGCAGACGGAACUAAGCAGUGGUGGUUUGGUGGUGGGACUGAUCUCACUCCAACUUACCUGAAUGAAGAGGAUGCUGUUCAUUUUCACAAGACUCUGAAAGAAGCCUGUGACAAGCAUGAUCUGAAGCUGUAUCCCAAGUACAAGAAAUGGUGUGAUGACUACUUCUAUAUCAAGCACCGUGGCGAGCGAAGAGGGAUUGGAGGCAUAUUCUUUGACGACGUGGACUCUCCCUCCAAGGAGGAAGUGUUCCAGUUUGUGAAGAGUUGUGCCAAAGCUGUUGUGCCUUGUUACAUUCCCAUUGUGAAAAAGCACCGCCAUGACUCCUUCACGCCAGAGGAAAAGCUAUGGCAGCAGCUUCGGAGAGGACGGUAUGUAGAGUUCAACUUGGUUUAUGACAGAGGUACAAAGUUUGGCCUCCUGACACCAGGAUCAAGGAUUGAAAGCAUUCUCAUGUCUCUGCCCCUGACUGCAAGGUGGGAGUACAUGCACACUCCACCAGAGAGCUCCAAAGAAGCAGAAAUCCUGGAGGUUCUGCGAAAUCCCAAAGACUGGGUGCACUGACAUGGAUCAUGAAGAAGAUGGAUUGCUCACGCUGAGCCAUUUGAGAGAACGGGAACGCCUGCGAACCAGUUCAUUGGCACUGCUGUUGCAUGGCGUUUCAUUGUGUCUAUUUAUAGCUUGCCUGGUGCCUUAAUUAUGCUGUAGACUUGUUACAACUUGCAAAUACGUGAACUCACUCUUUUGGAUUGAUGGGCUAAUAUUGUCACCCCCUGUUGCUGUUGCCU